UUUCCCCUUCAUUCCCCUUUGCCAGCCGACAGGACCAAACAAAUUCAAAUCGUCAGAGUCGUUACGGACAAGCUGGGGCUUUUUAGUGUGUUUGGUUUGGGCAUUUGUUGAAGGAGUAAUAAGGAGAGAGAGAGAGAGAAAGAGAGAGACAGUCCAGACAAAUUAUAUACAUUUGACCAAAAAGCAAUUAAACAAUAUAUUCUGUGAUUUUGUGUGUACUCCAAUUAAUUAUUAACAACGAUCAUGGCGUUGAGAAAUCGGACUGCUAUUACGCAAAAUAUACUCAACCAGGAAAAUACAAAAAAUGUAAAGUCAACAAUAAAUCCAUUACCUGGUCAUGCACGUCGUGCAGCACUUGGUGAAAUUGGUAAUAAAGUUAAUACAGUACGUGGUGCACAACCAAUAAAAGGAUCAAGUUUAUUACCAACAGUUGAUUUAAAAAAGCCAAUAUUAAAACAACAACAACAACAAGUUAAAGUUGAUAAAGUAUCAGGACCACCAGUACAAGUUGUAAAGCCAGUUGUUAAAAAAGAUAUUGUACAAGAAAAUAUAAAAAAAAUUGAUGAUAUUAAACAGAAUGAAUAUGAACAACAAAUAUUUACUGAUGUUGAUUGCAAUAAUAAACAAAAAAAUGAAGCAUUUUCAUCGGAUUUAUUAGAAAUUCAAGAUAUCGACGAAGAAGAUAAGGGUAAUCCAAUUCUAGUCACUGUUUAUAGCAAUGAUAUUUAUGAAUAUUUAAGAAAACUUGAAAGUAUAUAUCCAAUUGAUAAAGAAUAUUUAAAUGGUCAAGAAGUAACACCUAAAAUGAGAUCUGUAUUAGUUGAUUGGCUUGUUGAGGUACAUCAACAAUUUCAUUUACUUCAAGAAACACUUUAUUUAACUGUUGCAAUUAUUGAUAGAUUUUUACAAUCAUAUAGAACAAUUAAUCGUAAAAGAUUACAGCUUGUUGGUGUAUCAUCAAUGUUUAUUGCAUGUAAAUAUGAAGAAAUGUAUGCACCAGAUAUUGGUGAUUUUGUUUAUAUUACUGAUAAUGCAUAUCACAAGACUGAAAUAUUACAAAUGGAAAUGUUAAUUGUACGUACACUUGAUUAUUCAUUUGGUCGUCCAUUGUCAUUACAUUUUUUACGUAGAUACAGUAAAGCUGGUUCAGCAAUGCCAUUACAUCAUACAAUGGCUAAAUAUUUUUUGGAACAAUGUUUAGUUAGUUAUAACAUGUGUCAUUAUUCACCAAGUCUUAUUGCUGCUGCUGCUAUUUAUCUUGCAUUUUAUCUUCUUGGUAAUGAAGAGAAAGAGGGUAGAGUUAUUUGGACACCAACAUUGGCUCAUUACAGCACUUAUACGAAAAAUGAUCUUUUACCAGUUGUCAAAGAAAUUGCAAGUAUCAUUGGAGAUGCUGAUACAAGUAAAUAUCAAGCAGUUAGAAAGAAGUUUAUCAGUUCGAAGCAUUUAAAAAUUAGCCUUCGUCCAGAACUGAGAUCACCAGUUUUACAUGCAUUAGCUAAUAACAAAGAGUAAUAAUUUAAUAUUAAAAAUAUACAAAAUAAGAUAAUUUAAAUAAAAAAACAAAAAAGAAAAAAAGGAAAAAUCCUCAUCAGCUAUUUAAAAUAAUGUUGUAUAAACAAAAAAUAUUUUUUUUCUAUUCUUACAAGUAAAUGAAAAAUUAAAAAAAAUUAAAAAAAAAAUAUUCAUAGAAUAUUUAAAGCUUGAUAAGGAUUUAAAUUUUUUCUUUCUUUUUUUUUUAAUAUAAUUUUUAAAUUUUCACGACGAUAAUCAAUUCGUUCAAUGACUAACCAACUAGCUAACUUAUAAAAAAAAAAAAAAAUUAUUUGAAAAGAGAAAAAAAAAAAAAGACAGCAAUGAUUAAUAUUUAAAAAAAAAUUAAUUUGUUUUUUCUUUUUUUAUAUGCAACAUUUGACAAACAAUUUUCUAGUAAUAUAUAUAUAUUAUACAUUUUUUUUUUUUUUUUUGCUCCAGUGAGUUUUUCUUGUUAAAUAGAUUUCAAAGUGAUAAUAUAUUGAUUUUUAUACUUGGAUUAUCUAUUACAACAUUCUUGGCUUUUUUAAAAUUAUAAUUUUUUUUUUUUAUAUAUAUUUUUUUUCUCAUUAAUUUUAUUAUAAAUAUUUUAAAUAACCAAGAAAUGAAUUUAGCUCGAACACUGCCAUUUUCAAUCCAAGUAUUUGUUGCAUCAAAAAAAUUGAAAAACAAAAAAAAAACAACAACAACAUUAACAAUCUAUUUUUUUUAUAAAUAUUAUUCUAGUAAUCAACAAUUAUAUAUAUAUUGAAUCUUAUAUUAUUAUUAACACUUUUUUCUUUUUAUCGUACAAUUUGACUUUAUAAUGUUCUAAGUGAAUGCAUAAUCGUUUUUUUUUUGUUGUUUUUUUUUUUUUUAAAUCAUUAAAUAUUUGAUAUGAUUGACGCUAGUAAAAUUCAUAUCAAUAAUUGGCAUUUUAAUGGACACCUUUUGGACGCAUGUAAUUGUCUAUGAUAACAUUAUUAUUAAUAUUUUUGUUGUCUUAAAUUUUUUUUUGUCUUGACACUCGUCUUACAAUAAUUAAACUAAUCUUAAUAGUUAAGUAAUAAAAUAAAGAUUUUUCUUGUUCAUAUACGUAUAUCUUGG